AAAUGGUGCAGAGGUGUCAUGAAAUACUUUGAGGACUACACUUGAGCUUUGUCCCAACGAAGUUGGACGCUCAACAUAACUGCGGCCACAGCCGAACUCACGCCAGUCAACAACUCGUGAUUCAAAUACUGGCACUGGCGCCGGCUGCGUAAUCGGAGUUUGAUACUCACGAAAAUGACUUCGACAUAUAUCGGCCUUGUGAAGGCAGCGUAUGAUUACACAGCUACUUCGGACGAUGAACUUACAAUCGAGGAGGGAAAGGUGUACUACCUCUUGGACAACAGCGACGCAGAUUGGUCGAAGGUAAAGGCCAGGGAUGAGGAGCAUCCCCCUUCAGGAUUGGCCCCUUCUGCAUACUUCGAGACCGUUGAGCCGAUCUCAUAUGCGAAAGCACAAUAUGACUACGAUGCUAGCGGCGAUGGCGAGCUUACGAUUAAGGAGGAAGAGGAGCUUCUCGUAUUCGAGAAGGAUGAUGAUUGGUGGCUAGUGAAAAGCAAUUCUCCUCAUGGCCGUUUGGGUCUUGUCCCCGGAAAUUAUUUAGAGGAAGCCACUACGCCACCUGGCGAACACGAGUCCCCUCCCUCCGUCAGUGCCUACCUCGACCCCCAGGAACGCGUGGCACAGUCCUUGGACAAACCCAGGAAUGACGGGAUCGAAACCUGGUCAGUCUCAGAGAUCGAUAAGAAAGGGAAGAAGAAAAAGGGCACGCUUGGAAUCGGCAAUGGCGCCGUGUUCUUUGCUAGUGAAUCUGACAAGACACCUGUGCGACAAUGGCCGAGUACUUCAGUCACCAUUGGUCACGCCGACAAACCGAAGCACAUCAUGUUGGACGUUGGAAACGAGAGCUUGCAUAUCAGUACUGGCUCGAAAGAUACCGCUGAAGCUAUUGUCGCCAAACUCGGAUCUAGUAGGGCUGCAGCUGCACCUGCUUCUGUCGUCGAUUCUACGGAAGAAGCUUCCCAUGUUUCGCCACCGACCAAAUCCAAGGCUGUCAAGGUCAAGAAAAGUGUCAACUUCUCCUCUAGUCCAGCCGAAGUUAUCGGCUCCAGAGACAGUGAUGAAGAUGCCGACUCCGCAUCCUCGACAGAAGUUGACGGAAUUAUACUCUAUGAUUUCGCUGCUGACGGAGACGAUGAGCUUGCGGUUAGCGAAGGCGAGCAUGUUGUCAUACUCGACCGCGAAAGCAGUGAAGAUUGGUGGAAAGUGAGAAAUAAGCGUGGCCAUGAAGGAGUGGUUCCCGCUCUGUACGUGAAGGAUGCUGCUCCAUCGGAUGCUCGGAGGGCGCGGGAAGUAGAGGAAGCUGUUCACCAAGGAGAGCGAGAAGAAGCCGAGCGACGGCGUAUACGCGAAGAAACCGAACGUGACAGGGCUGUAGCUGCCGAGGAAGCUAGAAAACGAGUGACGGAACGGCGGGCAGCGGAGGAGGAGCGCUUGAAAAAGGUCCAACGAGAGUUGGAACGCCAACGCCUGGAGGAGGUGGAGAAGGAGAAGGCAGAGAGGGCCAAGGCCGAUGCUAUCAAGAAAAGGGAACCGAAUUCAAAACCUUCGAAAGAUAAGACACGAAUGUGGCAUGAUCGAACUCGUCAAUUUCGCGUUGAGGCUGAGUAUCUUGGAAUGAAUGGUGGCAAGUUACGUCUGCACAAAACUAACGGUGUCAUCAUCGAAGUUCCCGUGGAAAAGAUGUCGCCAGCAGAUAUCACAUACGUGGAGGACCUAGAGAAACGCAAGAGGGCGGCGUCGCCUGCAGAGGAUAAGAUCCCCUUGGCUCAACUUGCUCAAACGACAAGAUCUUCAUCUACGCUAAAACCGACUGCAACUGCCCAAAAACCCAAAGCCCCCAAUGUUGACUGGUUUAAAUUCUUCCUCGAUGCCGGGUGUGACAGCGACGAUUGUACUCGCUACGCCUCCGCAUUUGAGAAGGACAAAAUCGACGAGAUCAUUCUUCCCGACCUUGAACCCUCAACAUUGAGGACGCUUGGUCUCCGAGAAGGAGAUGUUAUUCGAGUUACCAAACACAUUAAGCAGAAGUUCGCAAGGUCCGAUGACGUUGCUAAGGCCAAAGAAGACGCCGUUCAAGAACAAAUCAGGAAGGAUGAGGAGCUCGCUAGACGUCUUCAAGCGCAAGGCGAUGUGCCAACACCACAACGGACGAGUUCCACUAGCCCAGCCCCUAACUUGUUCGCUAGCGCUAAUGGGGCUCUGAAGAACCAGCGUAGGGGGCGGCGUACGCUUGAACCCAAAGCAUCAUCCUCAGCAGUUGAUGUAGCUGCUAUCGAGACCGCCACUGCUCAGAUGCGCGUUGGAACUCCACAAGCACGGGUGCGAAGUCCUGAAGCUGUUACUCCAGACCCCCCUGUACGCAAGAGCACCACACCGACCAACGGGUUUGAAGAUGAUGCGUGGGCACCCCGACCAAGUUCAACAGUUGGUAUUAAGUCUAACACACCAGCACCAGUUGCUCCUACCCCGCCCCAGGCCCAGCCACCUCCAGAGGCCGUAGCUCUGCCAAACCCCCCUGCGAUACAGCCUGUUCAACGAGCUUCUACUACAUCUCCCAGUAAUUCUUCACCACAAUUUGAUCUCCUGGCGCAGAUACGGCAAAUGCGUCCCCCCUCUGCUCCAGCGUCAGCCACCCCACCAACCAUACAGCCAUCACCUGCCCCCCUAGGCCCAAUCGUUUCCUCUGCGAGCUACGGUGCUGGUCUUGGCGUUGGCAGUUCACCAUCGCCUAUUGGUCAUUUAUUAACGGCUCAACAAACUGGCGUCCUUCCACCACCACAACCUCUCAAUGGUCCUCGUGGUCCUUUCGCUCCAGUUCCUCAAAAUCAGAGCCUUCUUGCCCCCCUCAUCCCUACGAACUCAAACACGGGUAGUACCUUUAUCCCGGCUCGUCCCAUCCAGUCACAACCAACAGGGUUCCCGCAAACCAGUCUCCUUGCUCCGCAGGUUACUGGGGCACCAGUGAAUUUCCAGCAGCCCCUACUGAAUCAGCCUACAGGUUUCAAUAAUUCGUUUGGUGGCUUUGGCGCAACUUCACCAAAUGUGGGGCCUUCGCUUGGUAACCCCAGUGGCGUCCAGAACGGUUUGUCGUGUUUAUACCUUGAAGUCGUUCUAUUUCACUGUUAUUCUUCCCGAUGAUAGGUCUCCAGCCACAGCAAACGCCUUUUGAUGCAUUCGCAAGAAGUGUUCCUACCCCUCCCGGAAAUAACGCAUCCCCUGCAAGUAUUUUUGCUUCGAUGAAAGCCGGAACGUUCGAGAACAAUGCAGCACCACAAACAGCUGGUACGCCCUUGUGCCUAUGUUGCACGGUUCU